GAAGAAGACGCCCAAGACACCGAUGCAGACGGCUUGGCCUCCACCGACCUCAGUCAGGUCUCCUCCACCUUGUCCUCCUUCUCUCCUCUGCUUCCACCCCCACUCAGCCCCCCGUGUGUCCAGUCGCAAAACUCGAAGCCACUUUUGGCCCGUGACCGCCGUCGGACAGAUGUGCCAACGUCACACGUCUCAGCACCACCUGUUCCACCCGGCCUCCUCCCCACACAUGCCGCGUAUGCUCUUUUUACCAUCAUCUCCUUGUCAGGUAAGUGGAAGUCCAUUGGGGUAUCCGUCUCCGGUAGUCUUGAUGGCGUGGACCUCCGGUCCUUCGAGAAGUGCAACAAUGAAAACAAGCAAAAUAGCGCCAUUGAGGAAAGACCUGUGCUGGCCAGUUUCCCAGUCAAGGUGCAUGAACACGUCGUAAUGCGUUCCACACUGGAGCCGCGCAGACGUCUGCUGGCAUUUGCGUCUCUUGCUUGA